CCAAUUAUCUCUUGUCCGCCCGGCCUCUUCCGUCUCGGAGCGAGAAAUCAGCGGCAUCGCCGCGCGCAUCCGAAGCGCACACGACAAUGCAGGGCGGAUCCAGCGGCAUCGUCUAUGGUGGCCUCAAGUACCAGGCACGGUGUAUCGCCGACGUGCGCGCGGACGCCAGCUCGACCACCUUCCUCGCCGGGACCCUCAGCCUCAAGGAGGAGAACGAGGUGCACCUGAUCCGGCUUUCGCCGGCGGAGAGUGAGCUGGUGUGCGAUGGAGUCUUCUACCACCCCAACGAGAUCUGGGAUCUCAAAUCAUGUCCCUUCGAUCACAGGGUCUUCUCCACAGUCUACACAUCUGGUGAGGGCUUUGGUGCGUCAGUUUGGAAGAUCCCAGAGCUUAAUGGGCAAUCAAACUCACCGCAGCUUGAGCAGCUCUUUGAGCUUAGUGGGCAUACGGGCAAGAUUAGACGGUGGACUCCUGUUUCUUGUGAUCUGGUGGCCACUUGGAAAGCAUGAUAAACUAAUUAGCAUUGAUGACCGAAAUAUUUUUCUUUGGAACGUAGACAUGUCAAAUAAAUCAGCUAAGGUGAUCUCACAGGGAUCAGCUGACAUGCUUCCAAAUUUGAGUGGUGGGGCUUGGGAUCCACACAAUCAUAAUUCAAUUGCUUCAAUAUCUGAUUCAUCACUUCAUUUGUGGGAUCUACGUUCUAUGGAAAAAUCAUCUGCAAUUGAACAUGCACAUAUACGGGAUGUGGAUUAUAACCCCAAGAAGCAACACAUUAUUGCAACAACAGAAGAUGACUUUGGAAUUUGCUUGUGGGAUCUCAGAAUGCUUAAGCUUCCUCUGAAAGACCUCCCUGGGCACUCACAUUGGACAUGGGCUAUUCAGCACAAUCCUGAGUAUGAUGAGCUGCUUCUGAGUGCUGGAACAGAUUCAACUGUAAAUUUAUGGUUGGCUAAAGUUAGCAACAAUGAUUCUGAACCUAAUAGCCCUUCUGGUUCACCCAAUAGACAAGAAGAACCAUUACUUAACUCAUAUACUGACUAUGAAGACAGCAUCUAUGGUAUUGCAUGGAGCUCCCAUGAUCCAUCAUUAUUCGCUUCUUUGUCCUAUGAUGGAAGGGUUGUCUUGGAAUCAGUCAAGCCCUACUUGCAGAGAAAAUGAAUCUUGCUGGUCUAACUUUUGGAUUGUAAGCAAUGGCAGAAAAAACAUAAUAAGGAUGUUGCAGAAAUCAUCCUGCUUGACAUCAGGUCUUCAACCCUCUUGAUUGAAGCCAGCAAUGGCUCCAAAACACUCAGAUCUAGCUUCAGUUGAGAUAUUACAGCACAGUUGAGAUUGUCAGCAGUUUCCUUUCCUGUAUCUUCAAAUUUUGUCCACUAGGAUUUCAUGUUCAGUUGCUAGAAAUUUGGCUGUGAAGAUCUGAUCUGUAUGUUAAUAACUGUUGCCCAUCUGUCUGAAAUAGUUUUCUAUACUUGAUUCUUAGGAUGUUGUAUAUUUGAAAAGUGUUCACAAAAAGAUAUUGCGGUAUAUGAUGAGGUGGAGUUGGACUGAAUUUGUAAAACCAUUCAGAAUUUCAAAUUCCCAGGAUUAGCUUGUUUUAUGAAA